CGGAAACACUACAGCUGUGUUUGAGUGACCGAAACCGUGUAAUCUGUUCUGUAGUAUCCGGCCUCUAAGAACCCGCGUUACCGGAGCAGCGACGACCGGCUGCAGACAUGAUGAAACCCGCCCGAGCUAAACCCCCACGGAGGGCGGCCCCCAAGAAGCCGUCUAACACUGGACAGAAGGAACCAGUUGGUGUUUAUUGCAGGGUUCGGCCACUCGGUCCCUCAGAUCAGGAAUGCUGCAUUGAAGUGAUCAAUGAGACAACUGUGCAGCUGCACCCCCCAGAUGGCUGCAGAGUCAACAGAAAUGGGGAAUAUAAAGAGACCCAAUACUCCUUCAAACAAGUUUUUGGAACACAGGUGACACAAAAAGAUCUUUUCAAUUCUGUUGCUAAGCUUCUGGUGGAAGAUCUAAUUCAUGGUAAAAAUGGACUCCUUUUCACAUAUGGGGUGACUGGAAGUGGAAAAACAUACACCAUGACUGGGUCCCCUGGACAAGGAGGACUUCUUCCCCGAUGUCUUCACAUGAUCUUCAACAGCAUUAGUGAUUUCCAGGCCAAGAGAUAUGUUUUUAAGACUGAUGAUAAAAAUGGCAUAGAAGUGCAAAAUGAGGUGUAUGCAUUAUUGGAGCGUCAAAAAAGAGAUGCGCAGCCACAGGUAGUCCCAAGGACUCCAUUAAGCAGACAGAAACCGGAACCUGAGUUUGCGGAUAUGAUAAAUAUUGAAGAUGGCUGCCAAAUAGAAGAGAUUGAUGAAGACAGUGUAUACAGCGUCUUUGUGUCCUAUAUUGAAAUCUACAAUAACUACAUCUAUGAUCUUCUGGAGGAAGUUCCUAUUGACCCAAUUAAACCAAAGUGGAACACACCGGGGAAGAAUGCAGAGUUUAUACCGCCGCAGUCUAAAAUUUUGCGCGAAGACCAGAAUCACAACAUGUAUGUUGCAGGGUGCACAGAAGUUGAAGUUAAAACAACUGAAGAGGCAUUUGAUGUCUUCUGGAGAGGUCAGAAGAGAAGAAGAAUUGCAAACACACAGUUAAACCGAGAGUCUAGCCGCUCCCACAGUGUAUUCAUGAUAAAGUUGGCACAAGCCCCCCUUGAUGCUGAUGGAGAUCAUGUUCUGCAGGAAAAGGAGCAAGUAACAGUGAGCCAACUCUCACUUGUGGAUUUGGCUGGGAGUGAGAGAACAAACCGCACAAAAGCUGAGGGCAGCAGGCUACGUGAAGCAGGGAACAUAAACCAAUCCCUUAUGACCUUAAGAACUUGUAUUGAGGCUCUGCGAGAGAACCAAAUGUGUGGAACCAAUAAGAUGGUCCCCUAUCGAGAUUCCAAGUUGACUCAUCUCUUCAAGAAUUAUUUUGAUGGAGAAGGGAAGGUUCGAAUGAUAGUUUGUGUUAAUCCCAAAGCUGAUGACCAUGAAGAGAGUUUGCAAGUUAUGCGGUUUGCGGAGAUGACACAAGAGGUUGAAGUUGCUCGACCUAUAGACAAACCGAUCUGUGGCCUCACUCCAGGUCGUCGGUACAGGAACCAAGCAUUCAAAGACGAACUUACUCGUAGACUGGAGGAUCGUGGUGGUCCAGUUAAUGGAGAGCCUGAAGAUCAAGCAGUAAUAGAGAUGCUCAUUCAAAGCUUCCCUCCUGUUCCAUCAUGUGAGCUUCUUGAUGCCAAUGAUGAUCAAACUCUUCCACGACUUAUUGACGCCCUUGAGAAACGGCGACGUAUUCGGCAAAUGAUGGCUGAAGAAUUCAACAAGAGUGUUACAUCCUUCAGGUCCAUGCUUCAAGACUUCAAUGGUGUCGUAGCAGCAAAGGAGAACGUAGCCCAAGGGAAAGUGACUGAGAGGGAGAGGACUAUAGGGUCUCAGAGAACAGAAAUAGAGCGACUAGAAAAAAAAGUAAAAACUCUGGAGUACAAAAUUGAUAUUUUAGAGAAGACAACCAACAUCUACGAAGAUGAAAAACGCACAUUACAACAAGACCUCGACGUGCAGAAUCAGAAAUUGCAGCGUCAGUUGUCUGACAAGAGGCGACUAGAGACGCGGUUGCAGGGCAUGGUGACAGAGAAUGCCAUGAAAUGGGAGAAGGAAUGUGAACGGCGUGUGGCAGCCAAACAGAUAGAAAUGCAAAAUAAGCUGUGGGUGAAAGAUGAAAAAUUAAAGCAGCUCAAAGCAAUUGUAACAGAAAAUAAAGGAGACAGACCAGAAAGGCCGUCUAGAGAGAAGGACAGAGAGCCGCAGGUUCCCAUCCGAUCCAUCUCUCCUUCUCCUGUUCCUUUCCCUGGUAACCCUGUGUCUCAGCCUCCCCACAACUCUGCUACCCCUGUGCGUUUACAGCUGCACAGGCGCUCAAACUCCUGCAGCAGUAUAUCCGUGGCCUCCUGUGUUUCACAGUGGGAACAGAAAACUCCGCAGCACAAAACAGAAAGCAAGGUGUGCCCCAACCGCAGGCGGUGGGAGCCUGAGUCAGCUAGGAAGUAUAAUGCAGCAGAGAACAGGACAGGUUAUCAGACUUCCAGCAUACAGGCAGAGCUAGAAGAGGAGCAGUAUAUCGGGACCGUUCCCCCAGUGCACGCCAGACACCGUCGCUCUCGCUCAGCGGGGGCCGAGAGAUGGGUAGACCAUAAGCCACCUGGUAGUGUGGAGACGGAGACAGUCAUGCAGCCUCAUGUCCCCAACUCCAUCAAAGUAUCUGUUGCCAGUGAAAAGGCGCUGUCAAAGUGUGAUAAGUACAUGCUGACACACCAGCAGCUGGCCUCGGAUGGGGAGAUUGAAACUAAACUGAUUAAGGGUGACGUGUUCCGGACUCGAGGGGGAGGUCAGUCUGUACAGUUCACAGACGUUGAAACCCUCCGACAACAAUCCCCUCCAGGCACCAGCCGCAAGCGCAGAUCUUCUGGAUCUAAUCAGCCCCCACAGAUCGAGAACACAGAUUCCGAGUGGACAGAUGUUGAAACCAGAUGUUCUGUUGCUAUGGAAAUGAGAGCUGGAUCCAACUUGGGACCUGGUUACCAACAUCACGCUAUUCCUAAGCGCAGGAAACCUUGAAUAAAGGUUAAUGGAAAGUGUUCAGCGCCAAGAUGGAUAUCGGGGCAGUCGAGCUUCUGUGUGUGUAUAUAGGAGAAACAGGAACAUUCUUAUAGCAGGCUGAUCUGUGAAGAACAUGAAGCUGAUACUCUACCUGCCCACCCUGAACUUACUAUAUGGUGGACUGUAUUAUAUAUAUUUUUUUCUUUUUAUACCAUUUUGCUGCGUGUAUUUUAUGAAACCUUUCAUGAGCUCUAAUCAUUUAUCCCAGCACAUACAGCUUUGGCAUAUUGACCUGGACUGUAUACACAUUCCUAAACUGGUCAUGAAAGGGUUUUUAUCUAUAUAUUUUCUUUGUACUCUUAUUUAGAAGAUCUGCUGCUGUUUAAGUAGCAAAAAUGCACUUUACCAAAGCUGUUCAUUCGGAAACACUGUCUAUUUAAUGUGUCCCAAGUAUUGUACAGGAUUACGUCAAUGAGGGCUAGGAUCCAGCGUGUCUAUAACAUACAGGCUGGGAGUGGGGAUUUAAUAAAACUUUCAGUGGCUUUCAUGAAAUCAUUUUGGGCUUUGUGAAUUUCCCUGCUGUGUUGAGACCAGCAGAUGGUUAUUUUAUAUAUAUAUAUAUUUUUUUUUUCUCCAGUGUCCUCUCUUGAACCUCCCAGCCCCACACCAGUAGAAACAGGACAUGUUCAUAGGUUAAACCAAUAGAAACAGUGUUCUGAAGCAACCCUGUAUCUGUCAGUGGUUACACUACAGGAAUCUGGGAAAAAUUGGUCUGCUGAAAAUUCCUUAACUUCAAUGAGUUGUAGAGAAAUCAUGUAUCUAUGUAAUUAUGCUGUACAACCAGUAGAGGGGGAUAGUACUGGUUUUUUUCCUUAGUUUUAACAGUAUGGUGUUUUUUGUUUGUUUUUUUUCUUUUCCUUGUGUAAUUUUAUAAUGGUUUUAGUCAUCACCUUUACACCUGUUAAAUGCACUUGGGCAAAACUAUUCUCAAGAGUGAAGCUUUUAUUAUUGUUCACAAGGUGGGUAAUACUGCUGUGCCAUCCCGAGCACAGAAAGAUGUUCUCCAUGACUGGGGUCAUAUCUUUGUCAUACCCCCUCCCUAAAAGUGUGUGUGUUCAUGCUAGUGCUCCACUGUGUUGUAGAUGAGCUGCGGUAUAAUUGCCAGACGGCAGACACGAUCUGUGUUUUCCUAUGGAAAAAGUUCUGAGCCACUAUGUGAUCCUAGCAAAAACAAGUAAUAGAAAGCAGGAGACCUUCUAACUGUUAAAUGACUGUCGCUCACUCAUAAAGGGAAAAACAAAGUCAUCCUGUAAAGUGACCACAACUUGUUGGUGGAGCUAGGAACAGGCUAUAUGCACUGCCAGAAAAAACGCUUACUCUAUGGUCAAGUGAUAAAAUACUGAAUAUAUACAGUAGUCAGGUUUAUUCAUGUCUUUUCUGUUUCUGAAGUGACCCAUCACAUGUUCAGAUAUGC